AUGUAUUUGAAUGCAGCGGCCCUUCCUCCUUCAGGUUCUGCCCCAGCCCCAGCCACACCUCCACCUCCAUCUCCAUCUCCACCAUCUCCGCCAUCCCCAUCUCCAUCUCCAGCCAACCCUCCAUCAUCACCGAACCCUUCACCACCAAAUGAGUCUCCAUCGCAGCCGCCAUCGAAUGAUAAGCCAGCGCCACCACCAUCUAAUAAUGAACCAGCACCUUCACCACCGAAAGAGUCUCCACCGCCGCCAUCGAAUGAUAAGCCAGCACCACCACCAUCUAAUGAUAAACCAGCACCUCCACCAUCUAAUGAUAAACCAGCACCUCCACCACCAAAAGAGUCUCCAUCGCCUCCAUCGGAUGAUAAGCCAGCACCACCAUCCAAUGAUGAACCUCCAGCAACUCCACCACCAAAAGAGUCUCCGUCGCCGCCAUCGAAUGAUGAGCCAGCAGCACCAUCCAAUGAUGAACCAGCACCGCCAUCAGAUGGUGGAAGUAGUGAAGCUCCAGCACCAUCAGCACCAACAACAAAAAGUGAUGGAAUAUAUUCUACCUCUGUCUCUUUAGUUGCGGUUAUCAGCAUGAUUGUGGCUUCAGUGUCUUAUAUUUUCAUGUAGGAACCUGAGUUUCAUUGGUUUGGUUCGUUUUCUAAUUGGUGAUUUGGUUGUAGUAUUUGUUAGCUUUUGAUCUAGCUAGCUAGUAUGGAUUGGGUAGAGUUUUCUUUCAAGCA